CACUAUUCGAACGUCAACUGACUGCGGGAGGCGGAUGAGUGCCACUAAAUACUUUUGUUUUGGUCUUUAAAAAGGCGCAGCGACAUAUUUCCUCCGACACAUUUAAUAUCUUUACCAUCGGACUUGUAACAACGCAAUCUGUCACAGAUUCUGAGACAUGGCAAAAGAACGGGCGAAGAAAAAGUCGUUCCAGGAAAGUCUGGAAGAAAUAAAAGAUAAAAUGAAGGAGAAGAGGACCAAACGCUUGGCCAGCGUCUCAGCCCCAAACCGAGGACGAUCACGGAUGAUUACCAAAUGCAAUGGUACCAGCUCUACAAACACAAUUCUGAUAGGAGUCCAACAGAACAACAAAGCGCUGGCGGUCGCGCUGCAGGCUGAGAAAGAGAAGGUGAGGCAGGCCACUGCUGUGAUUCUGCAGCUGAAGAGGGAACAGCAAGCUCUGUUUCUUCACUUGCUUCUGCUCAAGAAGAAACUCAAGGAUCAGGAGGCUCUGGCUGCAAACUCCUUAGGGAACUCUUUGAACAACAUUGUUUCAGCCACAACAGAAUCACAAAGGAAGAAACAUAAUGAUAACAGCGUUGUUGAGACUCCUCCACAAAAAAGUUCCCCUCUGUGUGCAGAAGGUAAACCAGCCAAGCUGCCCUCGACUGUGGGUGUCAGACGUCGUCAGAUGGACAGAAGCAGCAGCAGGAGACGUUCUGACCGCCUGCAGGAACACAACAUGAGAGAGGACCCCAGGGCUUGUUUAGAGACUCUAACAGCCAGUCCCAUUUGCAGUGAUGAUACAAACCACAAACAAACGCAUCAGUCUGAAGAGCCAGUGAUAGAAGAACCUGAUGAAGAGUUUCAGCACUCAACACCUGAACCUGCUCCAGCCAAAAGCACCAAGCAACCACAACCUGGCAGGAAACAGCAGACCAGAACCAAAACAGAGUUGAAGAAACUAGAUCGGGGGCGUAAAGUGGAGCGAGGUCCUUUGAAGAAGCCGUGGGAAAAUCCAAAACCAAGAGCCCGGUCCAAGAGUCGGGACCGUUCUGCCACACGCUCCAAAACUGCACCUGUACCACAAAACAAGCUCAAUACUUCGCUGGGAUUCAAUGACACAUUUGACUUUGACUGUGAGGAAGCUGUCCAUGUUACCCCCUUUAAAGCGAAAGCAGAAGAUGAAGAGCCAGAAACAACUGUUUGUAAAGAACCACCUGAAGAGCCACCUGUUGAGUCCAGAGGGAAGGAUUCACUAUCAUCGCCUUCUUCUGAAUCUGAGGACAGUCUGUAUGUCCCACAGAAAAGCAGGAAAAAACAGGCAUCACCUGAAAACACCAAGGUCAUGAACACACGCAGAGGCAGACGAUCUAGAAGAGUUGCAGUGUACAAUGAAAAUGUCCCUCCACAUAAAGAGUUUAGUGUUUUCAGAGAUGAGGACUCAAGCCCCAAGGUUGAGAGGUCUAAUAAAGAGGAAAUCCCGGAAUGGAAAUCUCCUGAACAAGAAACAGUUUAUGAAGGAAAUCAAAUGGAUUCCCAUGAAGCUGACAUUGAGGAGCGGUGCCUGGCCCCAGUCAGCCCAUUGGUUGAAGCUGAAAUUAAGAGAAUUGACGACGUGCUUUCAACUUUUGGAGAAUCUUCUAAUGACAAUUCUCCACUCCUACCUGACCAGACGCCACAGAGAGCAAAGUCAUGCAAGAAACGUGGGCUUGUUGUGAGGCCUGCGGGGCGAGGCUUGAGUCUGUGUGAUGUGACCAAUCUGUCCCCUGCAGCCUGGAAGUUUCAGCGUGGGGGGUCCCGCCUCUCAGAAGUCCGCUGCUCCACUCCAGCUCAGGGCCCAGCUCGCAAACGCCGCUGCACCAUGACUGUGGACUACAAGGAGCCCUCCCUCAGCGCGAAACUACGGCGAGGAGACAAGUUCACAGAUGUGGAGUUCCUACGUUCACCUAUUUUUAAGCAGAAGUCUGGAAGAAGAUCCAUUCAAAAAUCAAGAAGCUCCAUUAAAAUGCAGCAGCCUUUUGAAAAAUAUAAUGAGUCAUUUGUUGGCUGUCGAUAAAAGCAGCUGCUACCUCCAUGGAGGUUUUAGCAUCACCUGUUUUAAUAUUUUAAUUUCAAUCUUUAAUGUGACAACUCUUUUAAAAAGUGUAUCAUUACAUGUAUUUGAUGGUGUGCAUUUGUCGUUGUUUUUCAAUGCAGUUAUUAUGAUCUCCUGUUGGUCUGAGAGGACAUGUAAAAUAAAUGAAGUUUUGAUAAACAAUAAAUAAGUGCUUUUAAGUGUA